AUGGAAAUUGAUAAUUCUAAAAAUCAAGACAACGUCAAUGAAAAUAUUUUAAAAGAUGAAGGUAAUCCAAAUAAGGAGCCUUCUACUCAACCAAUCGAAAUUGUUGACGAAACUUCACAUCUAGAUAAUAGUCAAGAAGCUCCAGAAUUGGAGAUGAGGGAAGAAGUUAAUGCUUCGCCUAUACAAGGAGAUAGUGAUCUUCAGAUAAUUGAAACAGAUGUUUCUACUAAUGAUCUUUCUCUGGAUGAGCCAAUUCAAAGCACGGAAGAAAUGAAGAAAAUUAUUUUAACCCAAGGGCAAUUGAAACUUUUGGCUACCUCAGAACUUUAUGUUUUUCGACAAACAGUGAUUGGAGCUUUUGUUCGUGUUAACAUUCCUGGAUUACCUUCAAAUUAUUCUGAUCGUGUUUUUAUCGACCAAAUUAUCGAUAUAAUCGAACCUUUGAGUUUCCAACAUCUUUGGAUUGAUCGUCGUUAUCGACUGCGCUUUUUGGGUGAUUUUGAAAUUGAAAAUAUUGUUAGUUUGAAGGCCAAUCAUGAUAGUGAUGUUCGUCCAUGGUUUGAUUGUAUGGAGGCUAAGGGUGAAAUAAUUCCAACGCUUCGUUUUGUUCGCCAAAAAGCUAAUGAAAUUAAUACCCAAUUGGAUACUCUUUCUGCCAAGCAAACUUUAAAAGAACUUGACAAGCAAAAGAUAACUUUUACACGUUCAAAUCUGUCACAAAUUGCUUUAAAUCCUUCAACUCUUCGAAGUUUGUCAAAAUUGGGAUUUGAAAGAUUUCGUCAAGUAGUUGUUGGGUGUUUUGUUUGUAUGACAGCAAUUCGUAAAAAUAAGCCAAAAGAUUGUCAAUAUCAUAUUGUUCGAGUUCUUGAUUGUGUAGAAGGGCCUCGUAAUUACAAAAUUAAAAACGUUGCAAGAGUUAAUUAUCAAUUGGUUUUGCCUUUCUAUGGCCGUUAUAUUAUAAAUUGGAUGAAAAGUUUUUCAACAGUUACUGAACAAGGAUUUCGAAAUUGGAUUGAAGAUAUGAAGGCUUGGGAUGAAAAAUUGCCGACAUUGGAUGAUAUUCAAAAUAAAGCGGCUGAACUUCAACUUGCUUUGAAUGAAUCAGAAAAUUUACCUUCAAUGAUGGAGUUGGAAAGAAUUCAGAAAGAUGAAGAAGAAAAAGCUAAGCGUGCUAAAUUGGCUGUUAAAUCAGCAAAAGAUUUGGAAAAUUGUGUUUUAAUUCGAGAAUAUCUUCAAAAAUUGAGUAGUUUCGAGGAUUCGGAACCUUUAGUUAAAUUGUUAACGGGCUGUUUUGUUCGUUUGACAUCUUCGGGUGGUUCUGAAACUGGCUUUGAGCUUGAUAAAAUUAUGAGUGUCAAAUUAAACGAGCAAAAGAAGAACAGGCCCGCGGAUAUUGUUUUGGAAUUAAAAUUUAUGGGAACUGUUUCUUUAUCUGCACUUAUUCGUCUUGUGAGUUCAACAAAAAUUAAUGAAAAAGAAUUUAAAGAAUGGGUUAAAAAGAAUGAGAAUGAUGAGGACGAUCCUCUGCCCAUAAAUGAAUUUGUUAGUGAAAAAUAUGAUGAAUUAACAAAAUCUUUACCUGUCAAUGGUUUAAAUGUUUCAAAUUCUGUAUCAAAAAUUAAAAAUGAUGAAAGUAAUAACAAUUCAGUAAAUAAAUCUGACGAAGUUAUUGUUACGAGAGAACCUUUUUCUUUGCAAACAAAAGAUGGGAAGUUAACAACAAUAAAUUUCCGAAAAUGUUUAAUGUCUAAAAAUAAAAUAUUUGAUAUGAUGUCUUGGGAUAAGGAAACACUUGCUCGAGUUGUUAAAGGAUUUUAUGUUAGAAUUGGUGCAAGGCGUCCUGAAAAGUCAUCGGAACAUCAAUUUUAUGUUGAUCAGAUAACUGGUGUUAGUUGGGGAGGUACUCCCUACAGAAUUAGAGGAAACGUUUUGACUGAUAUUCGGCUUCAUCUUAAGAAUUUGGAGGCUAAGACUUUGCAGCAAUUAUAUAGAUCUUCUGGAGAUGGUUUUAGUGACGAUUCUUUAAAGAUUUUUGAUGAAGAUAUGAAAAAAUGGAAUCAAAAGCUCCCAACUUUGAAUUUUAUUGACUCUAAAAAUCGAGAAUUUAUUAAUGCUGUCUCUAAAUUUUAUAGAAAUUCCAAAAAUCUUUUUAAUCGUCCUGAGCAGCGUGAGAUGUCUUUUCUUGGCCGUCAGACAAAAGUUCAGGUAAAAAAUAUUUUUUGUGCUUUUCUAUUACGCAUUUAUGAUACAUAA